AUAGUCAUUUAAUUAUAACGUUGACAAAGUUAAAUCUGUUUUUUGCUUUUUCAUCAUGUUUUUAUUCACUUUCAUCAGCCUUUUUAACAGAGGAUUUAAUGCUGCAGAAAUUCUUGCAAAUUCACAAAACCAACAUGAAGAAGAAAGCAAAGUAUAUUUUUGAGGGCAAUAAAGAAAACGACACAGAUCUCGAGACUGUUUACACAGAGCUGUUCAUCACAGAGGGAGAGAUGAAAGAUGUCAAUCACGAACAUGAGAUUCUGAAGAUUGAUGAUGCUUUCAUGAACAAAAAAACACAGGACAAACCAAUCAAAUGCAAUGAUAUAUUUACUGAACUGAGGAAAAACAAUGAGGAGAAGAUUGUGCUGACCAAGGGAGUCGCUGGCAUCGGAAAAACUGUCUCUGUGCACAAGUUCAUCCUGGACUGGGCAGAAGAAAACACCAAUCAGGAUAUAGACUGUGUGUUCCUGCUUCCAUUCAGAGAGAUCAACAUGAUUAAAAACAGAGAGGUCAAUCUCCAUGAGUUUCUGCUGAAAUUUUAUCCUGGAUUGAAGAACCUGGAGAAAUCAAAGUUAUAUAAGGAAUGUAAGCUAGCGUUUAUAUUUGAUGGACUUGAUGAGAGUCGACUGCCAUUAAACUUUAAAAGUGAAACACUGGACACUUUUGAGGAAAGAUCAUCUGUAGAUGUGCUGUUCACAAGUCUGGUCAAAGGUAAGCUGCUUCCAUCAGCUCUGGUCUGGGUGACAUCACGACCAGCAGCAGCCAAUCAGAUCCCUGGAGUCGCUGGCAUUGGAAAAACGGUCUCUGUGCACAAGUUCAUCCUGGACUGGGCAGCAGGAGACGCCAAUCAGAAUAUACACUGUGUGCUCCUGCUUCCAUUCAGAGAGAUGAACUUAAUGACCAAUGAAGAUUUCAGUCUCCACGAGCUUCUGCUGGAAUUUUAUCCUGAACUGGAGGGCCUGGAGAAAACAAAGUUAUAUAAGGAAUGCAAUCUAGCAUUUAUAUUUGAUGGACUUGAUGAGAGUCAACUGCCACUGAACUUUAAAAGUGACACACUGGACACUGUUGAGGAAAGAGCAUCUGUAGAUGUGCUGUUCACAAGUCUGGUCAAAG